AUGUUUCCUUAAACAUAAUCAGAUUUGUAAAAUUCAAAAUUUAAUAAUUUUGAUGAAUUUGUUAAAUAGAACACACAAUCUUAAGAAAAGAAAUAAGAAAAUAAUUCAUUUAUAAGAUUUUAAACAUAUGUCCCUGAACCUUCUCAUCAUUUUUUGAACAAUUUAAGAUCAAAACCAGACUAUCCUCAACAAUAAUUGAAUUCUACUCAAAUUAAAAAUGAAUAUAAACAAUGUAAUUUUUUAUAAAUAUUUAAAGAGACAAUUUCUAAGAAUAAAUAUGAUGAUGAUGAAUAAAUUGAGGAAUAAGCAAAGUAGAGUUUUUAAAAGUUUGACUUAGAUAAAGAACUAAUUUUUGAGAUUAAGACAUUGCGUAAAAUGAUUCAAUUAUCAAAAACAUAAAAUUAAUAUUUACCUGGAAUAAUUAGUAUAAAAACAAAAGAUUAAACAAAUGAGUAAGAUCUAAAUAGGAUUGGUGUAGAUUUAGUAAUAUUAUUGAACUUAUUAUAGAUCUGUUUGAUUGAUAAAAGCUCAAGUAUGCAAGGUAGAAAGAUAGAUACCGUAAAAUCAAGCUUGAAAGUUCUAUUAAAUUUUUUAACUGAUCAAGAUCGUUUAUCACUAAUUGUUUUUAAUGAUAAAGCUUAAAGAUUAACUCCAUUAAAAAGAACAACAUAAAAUAACAAAUAGUAUUUUCUAUCAAUUUUUGAAUAAAUUGUUUCUACAGGAGGAACAUCUAUAGCCUCAUCAACUGAGAUUGCAUUUGAAUAAUUAAAAACCAGAAAGUAUAGAAAUAAUGUGAGUUCAAUCUUUUUACUUUCUGAUGGUCAAGACCCUGAUGCCAUUGCAUCAAUAGAACAAUAAUUAAAAUUAAUAAAUGAAGAAUUACCUGAAUUUACUAUUCAUUCAUUUGGAUUUGGAGAGGAUCAUGAUGCAAUUAUGAUGACAUCUAUAUGCAAUCUGAAACAUGGAAGCUUUUAUUUUGUAUAAAAUAUAAAUUUAUUGGAUGAAUUCUUUGUAGAAGCUUUUGGAGGUUUGAAAUCGGUUGUUGGUGAAAAAUUAUAAAUAACAGUUACUUUACAACCUCAGACAAUCUUAAAGGACUUAAAGAUUUUUAAGACUUAUGGAAAUAUGUGGACUAAUAAAGGAAAUUAUUAUGAAAUUGAUCUUCCUAUACUGAUUUAAGGCUCAAGAAAAGAUUUUGUAUUUGAAUUGGAAUUACCUAGAACAGAUACAAAAAUCUAAGAUGAUCAAAGAAAUCCUUAGAUUAUUGAUGUUAAGCUAUAAAUUACUGAUCCAAUAUCAAAAAUUCAAAUAGAGAAAAGGGCAAGUCUAGUUUUAACAAUCUUUCAGCAAGAUGAAUAAAUAAAUUAAAAUGAAGAAGAUGAAGAAGUUCUUACAUAAUACAAUAGAGUCAUCGCAGCAUAAGUAAUCGAUAAUGCAAGAAAAUCAUGUCAAUAAUAAGAAUAUUAAAAAGCUUAAAACAAUAUAGACAAUUUAUUAGUAAGAUUUCAAACAAAUUAAAAAUUUUCAUCUUAGAAUCCUCAACUUAUUUAAGAUUUAUAAUAAGCAAAAUAAGCAUCCACAAGAUAAACUUUUAACUCUUAUGGUUAAGGAUAAAUGAUGUAAAUAAGUAGCAAUAGUUAUAAAUAACAAGGAGUCAAUUCAGUUUUUUCACCAGAUGGCUAGCAAUAAUAAUAAAACCCUAGAUUCUAAACAUUUUCUAAUAACUUGUAAAGUUCAAUGGUAAAUACAUUAUAAUUAAGGAAAACACAAAAUUAAAUUGGAAAUUGA